CCGCUGAUAACGCCCAAAAUUUUUGGAACCAAAAUUCCCACGGAGACAAAAUAUCCCGCUCGAAUUGCGCAGAGAAAAUGGGAAAAAUCGCACGGUCGAAGAAGAACAGCGGUGCCAAGUCGCCAUACCAGAAGCCUGACCAGGGCCCACUGGGAAAGGCAUCGUCCGCGAUCUUCAAGUUCAAUACCGAUCUCGGUCAACACAUUCUCAAGAAUGGAGCGAUCGCCGACGCCAUCGUCGACAAGGCGAAUGUGCAGCAGAGCCAGACGGUCCUUGAAGUCGGACCCGGACCUGGUGUGCUAACGAAUCGGAUUCUUGCGAAGGCGAAGAAGGUGGUGGCGGUUGAAGUGGAUCCUCGAAUGGCUGCUGAGCUCACGAAGAGUGUACAAGGGACGCCGGCGGAGAAGCGACUUCAGAUUGUUCUCGGUGACUUCAUUAAGAUCGAUUUGAAUCAAUUGCCGCCGUUUCAGAUUUGCAUUAGCAAUACCCCGUAUCAGAUUUCCUCCCCGCUUGUUUUCAAACUCCUCUCCAUGCCUAAUCCUCCGAAAAUGUGCGUUCUGAUGGUACAGCGCGAAUUUGCCCUCCGUCUUAUUGCCCGGCCCGGGGAUUCCUUAUACUCUCGACUGUCUGUGAACGUGCAGUUCUUCGCGCGCGUCUCGCAUAUCAUGAAGGUCGGCAAGAAUAACUUCCGCCCCCCGCCACAGGUCGAGUCCAGUGUGGUGCGAGUUGAGCCCAAGGCCGAUCGCCCGGCGAUCAGCUGGGACGAGUGGGAUGGUAUGCUUCGGAUUUGCUUCGUGCGCAAGAACAAGACCCUGCGGGCGGGCUUCAUGGGAAACAAGGUGCGCGCGUUGAUUGAAAGAAACUGGAUCACUUUUGCCACCAUGUACCCGGAGAAAGUGUCGCAGGUAGAUAUAGAUUUUAUGCUGGGCAAUGGGGAACCCGAGCCCAUGGAGGACGUGGAAAUGGACACUAACAACGAUGUUGAAGACACCCCAUUGAUGGAUGAGGAUGACGUUUACAUGGAUGACAUGGCAUUCGAGAAGAAGAACGUUCCGGAGAUUCCCAAGGGAGCUUUGCUGACCAUCGGCAACCAUAAGGUGUCUCGGGCCAUGGUGACCAAGUUAAUACACACGAAACUCCAGCGGGUUUUGGAUCAGACUGACCUGUCCACUGCUCGUGCGCAGAAGUGUGACGAGAAUGAUUUCCUUCGCCUUCUUCAUGCCUUCAACAAGGAGGGCAUCCAUUUCUCAUAGUCAGGUGAUGCGCAGUGAUAAUUUGUUUUCGACGAGCAACGAGAUUCGUGUGUGGGACGCGCACUCUGUUACGGGAUAGCAGUCGGUUAGCGAGCAAGUUUUAUAGAUGUUAAUGAUAUCCUAAAAGUUCUUUUUUGCGCUAUUGAUACUAUUUUUUAUUUCGCCUGGUGCAAUAACGACGGUAGAGCUGUGACGCACACGUGACUGUUUGUCCCUAUUCGUAAAUGACAGACAUCAGAUUAACCUUGCUUUAGCUUUUCCUCA